AUGGACUUCAAGGGACAAAGGUUAGCUAAAAUAAUUAUUUUCGUCGCUAUGGUCAUAUCUACAAUUAUUGGAUUCUUAGUCGGUUACUAUAUGGGCUCAUUUUUUUACACCUUUGUAAUUAUAACAAUAGGAUGUAUCACAGUAGCAAUUGCAACUAUACCUAACUGGCAAAUGUACAACAAGAAUCCAAUCCAAUGGACUCCCAUUAGCAAGCAUAAGUAG